CGGCGGCGGCGGGCGGCUUCGGGAGCAGCAGGAACGGCAGCCAGCGCCUCCUCAGCUACGUCGCUGCCUUUCUUGCCGCCUCUGGGCAAUCCUGUCCGCGAGGAGAGCGGCUGCCCGCGCCCGGAGCAUCCUCCUCAGUCGAGCAGGCGUUGACGGACCAGCGGCAUGAUGCGGCUACGAGGCUCGGGGAUGCUGCGGGACCUGCUCCUGCGGUCGCCCGCCGUCGCCGGCGCGGCGCUGAGGCGGGCGCAGCCCCUCGCCACCCUGUGCCGGCGCCCGGCCCCGCCCGCGCUUCCCCACCCGGCCCCACUUCCCUUCCCUCCCGGCGCGAGCUGCCCGGGUGGGGCCGGCCGAGGACCCGGGGAUCCCGGGGCCACCACCUCGCCGAGCGGCCGGCGCGGGCUCUGCGCCGGGUCCUGCGUGGCGCCCGGCCACAGCAGCUGGCCUCCGGCCCAGCCCCUGCUAAAAUCCAUUAUAAUGCUCACACAAGAAUUAAUUUCAUCUUCUUUCUCAUUCUUCAGUAAAAUAAAACAGGGUCUGUUACCUAGUUUGGAAGAUUUGCUGUUCUAUACAAUUGCAGAAGGACAAGAGAGAAUACCAGUUCAUAAAUUUAUUACAGCACUCAAAUCUACAGGAUUGCGAACGUCUGAUCCCAGGUUGAAAGAGUGUAUGGAUAUGUUAAGAUUAACUCUUCAAACAACAUCAGAUGGUGUCAUGCUAGACAAAGAUCUUUUUAAAAAAUGUGUUCAAAGCAACAUUGUGUUAUUGACACAAGCCUUUAGAAGAAAGUUUGUCAUUCCUGACUUCAUGUCUUUUACCUCACACAUUGAUGAGUUAUUUGAAAGUGCUAAAAAGCAAUCUGGAGGAAAGGUUGCAGAUUAUAUUCCUCAAUUGGCGAAAUUCAGUCCUGAUUUGUGGGGUGUAUCAGUUUGUACAGUAGAUGGUCAGAGGCACUCUAUCGGAGAUACCAAAGUUCCCUUUUGUCUUCAGUCCUGUGUAAAACCUCUGAAAUAUGCUAUUGCUGUUAAUGAUCUUGGAACAGAAUAUGUGCAUCGAUAUGUUGGGAAAGAACCGAGUGGAUUAAGAUUCAACAAAUUAUUUUUAAAUGAAGAUGAUAAACCACAUAAUCCUAUGGUAAAUGCUGGAGCAAUUGUUGUGACUUCAUUAAUAAAGCAAGGAGUUAAUAAUGCUGAGAAAUUUGACUAUGUGAUGCAGUUCUUGAAUAAGAUGGCUGGUAAUGAAUAUGUUGGAUUCAGUAAUGCAACGUUUCAGUCUGAAAGAGAAAGUGGAGAUCGGAAUUUUGCAAUAGGAUAUUACUUGAAAGAAAAAAAGUGUUUUCCAGAAGGCACAGACAUGGUUGGUAUAUUGGACUUCUAUUUCCAGCUUUGCUCCAUUGAGGUGACUUGUGAGUCAGCUAGUGUGAUGGCUGCAACGCUGGCUAAUGGUGGUUUCUGUCCAAUUACCGGUGAAAGAGUAUUGAGCCCUGAAGCAGUUCGAAAUACCCUGAGUUUGAUGCAUUCCUGUGGCAUGUAUGAUUUCUCAGGGCAAUUUGCUUUUCAUGUUGGUCUUCCUGCAAAAUCUGGAGUUGCUGGGGGCAUUCUUUUGGUUGUCCCGAAUGUGAUGGGCAUGAUGUGCUGGUCCCCUCCUCUGGACAAGAUGGGCAACAGUGUUAAGGGAAUUCAUUUCUGUCAUGAUCUUGUUUCUCUCUGCAAUUUCCAUAAUUAUGAUAAUUUGAGACACUUUGCAAAAAAGCUUGAUCCUCGAAGAGAAGGUGGUGAUCAAAGGGUAAAGUCAGUGAUAAACCUUUUGUUUGCGGCAUAUACUGGAGACGUGUCCGCACUCCGAAGGUUUGCUCUGUCAGCCAUGGACAUGGAACAGAGAGACUAUGACUCUCGGACAGCUCUCCACGUCGCUGCUGCAGAGGGCCAUGUUGAAGUUGUUAAAUUUUUGCUGGAAGCCUGCAAAGUAAAUCCGUUCCCCAAGGACAGGUGGAAUAACACUCCCAUGGAUGAGGCGCUGCACUUCGGACACCACGAUGUAUUUAAAAUCCUCCAGGAAUACCAAGUCCAGUACACACCUCCAGGAGAUCCCGACAGUGGAAAGGAAAAUCAAACCGUCCAUAAGAACCUUGAUGGAUUAUUAUAAUGGUCUGGAUCCCAAGAUUUAAAUCACUUACCUAUGUAAUUGUGGAAAAUGAUUAUGGAGAAUGAACGCGUGUAUUUCUAUCUGGUAGUGAUAUAUAUUUCACAUUUGUCAUUUCAGUGUUACUAGUGUUUUCUUCAUUGUAUGCGCAGGACAAAUUUUAGCUUUUUUGGGGAAAAAAAGAUAAAACAAUCUCCCUCCAUAAUGUGAGCAAUAUUUACCUCGUGCACUAUACAAUUUGAUGUAAAGGAAAUAGUUACCAAGGCUAGCUUAAUUAUGUGGUCUUCCUGAUUUAUUUUUUUGCGUGUGUAUGUGUGUGCGUGUUGUGAAUUUACAUUUUCUGGUGAUGAUCUGCUAAUAUGCAUUUAUAAACUAAGCUCUGUUGUGCAGUCUGUCCAAAUGGAUCAAGGCUGUCUUUAGAAGCAAAUAGUGUGACUUUCAAGACUUCAAAUAUAGAUUUAGUUUGAGUGUUUGAACAACAAAUACACACGGUUGUGUGUUUUAAACUGUCUCCUUUCACCCUAGCUUCGUGAUGUGGCUCUUUAAAGAUAAUAAUAGUGAACAACUAUUAGUAGGAUAGACCAGUUAUGAUUAGACUUUAUCAGGGAAUCUGUUUAAGAUAUGUUUGGUGACCAAAACUUGCGUAAAUGUAGUUACGUUUGCAAAUGUUUCCUUUUUCCAUAACCCUCUUAGUCCAGCCUCUCUUCCCAUUUAUCCACUUGCCUCUUUCCUUUAGCUGGGAAAGCGGGUGCUGGCAUACUAUGCAGUUUCAUGUUUUCCACCUAAGUCCGACAAAGCUCAUAUCUCUGACAUCAGAGUUAUAACAAUACCCUUUGUGGACAGAUGAUGAAGCAGAGGCAAAUUACAUAGCCUAAUAUAAAUUAGUCAAAUUCUUCAGUCAAAACAGUGAAAGGCGGUGACACUUUAAGAAGAAAUUGGUCAGCUUCCAGACUACACUCAGACACUCUCAGCUACCACAGUGAUUCCGAUAGUGUGGGAACUGCUUCCUGGAACAAUUGUUUGAAAAUCUGUCAUGGAAAGUCUGCAUCAAGGUAUUUGUUCUCUUGGGGGACCACUUAGAUCGCUCCAAGUCUCUUCUGAUUCUUGACUGGGUCAUUUUUGAUGGGCUCUAUCAUUUAAAGAGACUCUUUCUUUUGAAAUUGAGCCCCAUAACGUCCUUGUGCAUGAUCCAUUUGUAAAGUAGGCAAAAGGGACGCCGAACGUGAGAGAACAGAAUUUGCUAAGAAUUGCACAUACACUUUAUCCUAUCAUACCUCACUCAGAGACAGAGGUAUAUUAAAGAGGACUUCUCACUAUUCUUUGGGAACAAGGAAUUUUCUUUUUUUUUUCUCAGAUAAAAACUAUUUUGUAAAGUUAAAUGUGCCCUGACUGGCCCUGGUUAUUUUAUGACUGCACGCUGGUUUCUGUGCUUGCCGUCGGCUAGGAGUCGCGAAUGCAUUUGGUUAAAUGCCUGUUGACUGUGCUCUUUACUGCUGCCAUCAUUAUAAUAUGAACUCCAAAGAUCUUUUUGUUUUAGGAUCACGUGCUUUUUAUGUAUCAUGAGACCUCUGUAGAGCUGAGUUCAUUUAAAGCGUUGCACACACUUUUGUUGUCACUGGUCUCCGUCUGAUGAACUUCUGUUGGCUGUGAUGUGCUGUACCCACAACCCACGCUGCAGCCCACCACUUGGCUCUGUUGUCUGGCUGGCAGUGCCCGAAAGACCUGAUGUUGGCUUUAGGUUUUCCUGGGGACUCCACAGCUAUGAAUGUAUGUACUUCCAGAACCUCCCAUUAGUGAAUCUAACCUUAAAAUGAUAAGCUGUAAGGAUUCUGAAAGUUGGGAAAUAUUUAUUUUAAAUGAAAUCAAGUAGUAUUGCUUUUUACAGCACAAUAAAUACAUGUAUCAAAAGCAAA